GCUGACACUACCGUUGGAUGGUUUUUCGUAAAUCCACAACACCCUCGUGCCUUAUCUCGUAAAAUCCGCAUCACUAACGUGCCAAAACCACAAUGGUGGUUCCCGCUUGCCAUCGUUUGAAAUUGCGAACGAAUUUGCAGAAGCACACACACUCACACUAACGGAUCCAAUCCAUUUCACACCAAAUUCAAAAGUACAACUAACACAAAAGAAAAGAAGUGAUAUCAUAUUAUCAUAUUCAUGGAUUCUAUUUCUAACCUUCCGCUCCUAGAGAUGGCAGGCGAAGACGAUUCGUUGCUCUUCGAUGUUUCCGCAGCGUCCUCCACCGACGUUUUCUCUUGCUCCCCUCUCCUACCUCUCAGAUCUAAUCCUCCUCAAUCCGAAGGAAGAGAAGGUGGCGGUGCGGAUUCCAGAAAUCUGAGUUCCUCGGUUAGUGACAGCGCGAGCAAAGAGAACGCUGAUUGGAACACACCGCAGAAGCUUAGCUUGGAGCCUCAGCAAAUGAAGAAGAGGAAGAAGAAAGGAGGCGGUUACAAUUUGCGCAAGAGCUUGGCAUGGAAUCGAGCUUUCUUUACCGAAGAAGGUGUUUUGAACCCGGUAGAGCUUUCUAUGAUAAGUGGCACUGCCACUCCCAAGGCAGGGUUGAAUUUGGAAGUGAUCCAUGAAGAAGAGUGUGUUGGCAAUUCAAUAGAGUUGCAGGACAUUGAAGAAAAUUUGUUCAUGCAUUCAUCCGAUGCUGUUCCUGUUAAAGAUAGAAAGAUUGGCUUAUCUCCAAAGCCUGCUGCAUUAGCUAAAGCUUCUCCAGCCCCGGUUUCCAAAGCAAAGAGGAAAGUGCUUACUGUCAAUGACUCAGUUGGCAACAGAUCUAAACGCAAUGCUUGUCCUCCACGGAUGCCAGUAGCUUCGUCCUCACUAAAAAAACCUGACACAGUAAAAGCGCCAAGUAAAGAAUUGAAAGUUACUAGGAUACCUGGUCCAAAAUCAGAUAUUUCUGCAAGUGCAACAACUGCUAGGAGUGGAAUGUUGAUCACUGGUUCCUUGAAGAGAAAUCAGAAUGCUCGUCCUGCCACUAAUCUUCAGAAGCAAGCUGUAGUAAAAGGCCUAUCCAAAAAUCCUAAAACUGUCCCAAGUAACCCAAAAGUUGGCCUGGCUGAUAAAUGUUCAGUUACUAGAACACUUGCCAAGCAGGCUAGGAAACAUUUGGAUAACUCUGUUUCAAAAACACAUCUACCAUCCAGAAUGCAUCAAUCAGGAACUGAAGCAAAUAAGGAGUCAGAAGCUUGUCUUCCACAAGGUGUUUCUGACAUCAGUGAGAAAAAGCAACAGACACAGAUUCAAACAACAAAAUUGUCGGGCCUGCGUAUGCCAUCUCCCUCAUUGGGAUUCUUUUCUCUAGAAAAAACUCCCAGUUCACAUAGCCAAUUACAGAAAAGCUCUAAACCUUGCAAACCUGAUAGUAGUAACAUUCCUAAAUUACAGAAUUUAGAAACAAAUUCUGUUAAUGAGGCAAGACUACCGCAUGCACCUGGAAUAAGGUCUCAAAUUGUCAAAGGUGCAGCAAAGAAUUGCACCAAUGUAUUAACCCUUUUAGAUGUAAAGUCAGAACCAAGGAUGCAAGUGGAUAAUAAGCAAUUGGCUGGUGUAGAAGUGGAACAUAGCUCUAUGGGCUCUGAAAAAAUAAGCAAGCAAGAAAAGGUUGAAAACAAUCUUGAACAUGUCAACAUAAAAUCUAAGGAUCAAGGACAAUUACAUAGAAGCGAUAAUGCCUCUAGCAUGGAGAAUGUGAUAUUCCCUAGACAUGAAAAGAAGCUUCUUUCAGUGAGUCAAACCCAAGAGCAGUCAGAGAAAGAGGCUGAUCACCCUGACGUUUUGUCAAACGAGUAUCAAUCUGUAUUUCAGGAAUCACAGUCUAUGGAUAGUCAUGGCAUGCAGAGAAAUUUACUAAUGAAAGCUAGUAUUUCAAAUACUGUGCAUAAUGCCAUGGGACAAGAUGAAGAUGAACAACUCAAACUGCUGGCUUGUGAUGUUCUUACUUCCAAUGAAAGUUUUGUGCUACAGGAAAAUCAUGAUACUUCUUUUAAGGAUAGUAGACUCUCUGAAGAGUUCAAGGAAUACAAUAGUGUCGAGACUGCACUUUUAAAUUAUAGUCUUGUUGAUUUGAGUGAAACUGUUUUGGGGGGAUCUAUACAAGAAAUCCCCCUUAAGAAUACUGAACAGGUGAAUGGUGAUGCUACUGAUUUUGUUACAAGUGGAGGAGAUGCACAAGUGCAUUUAUUGAACGGGAAUCUCUCAGUUGAGUGCAAUGAAAGCACUGAAAGUAGUUUAGAGGCAGUUAAUCAGCAGUUACAGGGGGAACAACUCAAGACUACAAGUGCUGGUAUUGUAGGAGAAAUUAGUUCAUCAAAAGAUGAAUCACAUGUAAAUAGUUGUCAACUAGUUCAUAUGACAACCUUAUCUUCCAAAGGUUCUCCUCAGAAGUCUAUACCAGAAAUCAACUGUCCUGCUGAAAGUGAACCAAAAGCCGAAAUUGAAGACUGCCAGUUUCCAGUAGAUGAUCAAUCAGGUUUCAUUCUGACAAGACCAGUGUUGGAAGGAUGUGAGAAGGUUAUUGACCCAAUAGCAAUGCAUGAGAGUUCUCAAGCAUUUGAAUUGGAUACUUUAAGUGAAGAUUGUGUGGCUGUUUCUGCACCUGCUUGCAACACUGUGGUAAGCAAUGUUUCUCAGGAAAGCAAACCUUUUCAAGAGAAUCUCCACUUUACUUCCCAACUAUGUCCAAUGGUAAAAGCUGAUUUUGAUUCGAGUAAAAAUGAAAUGUCAGCCAAUAACUGCUGUACGAUUUCUGAGUUGCAGCUUAAAGAUGAGGAUUCUUCUAAGGAUGCUUCAAUACACAAUGAUGUUUCGUUUGAUAUCCCUGGAAACUUUGAGCAACAAAUUAGCAAGACCAUAUAUUCUAAAUCCAGCAAAAUACUUUGUGAAGGUGAGAGUUUAGAGCUAAAUCAUGGUCACUUGCUUGAUCAGGGUGAAUUUUGUGAAGUAUCUGCAGAUUUCAUUUCAAACACCAAAGAUUCUAUCAUUAUUGAAGCUGGAAAAUCCUCUGGCUGUUUACAACAUACACUACUGGCUCAGUUAGUCCAAGAAGUUGAUCACAGUAACAGAGAGAUUGAAGAAUCUCAUGUGGAAGAUGCACAAGUACAUUUGUUCAAUGAAAAUCCAGUGGCAUACAACUGCAACUGUUCGGAGAAUGUUAAUAACAUACAACACUUAGAUGGUGACAGGCUGCCCACAAGUAUUGCUUCUUCUGAAGAAAUCAAGAAAACAAAUUUAUCUGAGGGUGUCCUAGAAGGAUGUGAUAUCCAUACAAGUGAUCACAAUGCUUCCAAUCAUCAUAUUCAGGUUAUGCCUGAAAACAAAGAUGAAAAUAUUGAUGUGGAUGAAAGGGAAGAGCUUUUACGAAUGGAUGAUUUAAAAGAAGGUUCUUCUGACAUAUUGCCAUUAGUUGAAGUUCAACUCAAUGACAACGUGAUAUCUUCUGAAUCCAAUUCUUCUAUAGAAGUGAGCAAAGAUUCUUUUACAGACAUGGUUGCUUGGAAAUCUGAGGAGCAUUGUUCUUUGAGUGAAAGGUCAAACUUCCCGGCUUCAGAUAAUUUAACCUUCAACACAGGAAUCCUGCAGAAGUUGAAUCAAAAUGCCCCCCAUGGAGAUUGGCCGGAAACUGUUUCUGCAACUGCUUGCGACACUAAGCUUAGAGAUGAUGGUUCUUCUAGGGAUGCUUCAAUGCACUAUGAUGGUCAAUGUGAUGUUACUGGAAACUUUGAGCAACAAACUAGCAUGAUUACAUAUUCUAUAGCUAAUGAAAUGCUUUGUGAAGAUGAGAGUUCAGUGCAAAAUCAUGAUCACUUGGUUGAUCAGAUUGAUUCUUCUGAAGUAUCUGCAGAUUUCAUUUCAAACACCAAAGGUUCUAUUGGUAAUGGAGCUGAAACCCCCCCUGGCCAUUUACAACAUACACUAUUGGCUCAGUUAGUACAAGAAUUUGAUCACACCAACAGAGAGAUUGAAGAAUCACAUCUGGAAGUUGCACAAGUGCAGUCAUUUGCUGAAAAUCCAGUGACAUACAACUGCAGCAGUAACCACCAUCUUGCUGUUACUGAUGAUAAAUUUCCAUUGGCUGAUAACAAUAAUAUAAAUGAAGAUUUUCAUCUUUCUGAGUUUCAAAGGCCUGGUGCUGUUGUUGGUGUAGAUUCCCAGAAUGUUGAUAACAUACUUAUUGCUUCUUCUCAAGAAAUCAAGAAAACAAAUUUAUCUGAGGGUGCAUUAGAAGGAUGUGAUAUCCAUACAAGUGAGCAGAAUGCUUCUAAUCAUCAUAUUCAGGCUAUGCCUGAAAACAAAGAAGGAAAUCUUGAUGUGGAUGAAAGGGAAGAGCUUUCGCAAAUGGAUGGUGCAAAAAAAGGUUCUUCAGACAUAUUGCCAUUAGUUAAAGUUCAACUGAAAGGUUCCCAGAAGGUUGAUAACAUACUGAACUUGGAUGUUGAUUGGCUGCCCACAAAUAUUGCCUCUUCUGAAGAAUUCAAGAAAAAAAAAUUAUCUGAGGGUGCAUUAGAAGGAUCCGAUAUCCAUUCAAGUGAGCACAAUGCUUCCGAUCAUCAUAUUCAGGCUAUGCCUGAAAACAAAGAUGAAACUCUUGAUGUGGAAGAAAGAGCAGAGCUUUUGCAAAUGGAUGAUGCGAAAAAAGGUUCUUCAGAUAUAUUGCCAUUAGUUGAAGUUCUACUCAAUGAUAAUGUUGUAUCUUCUAAAUGCAAUUUUUCUAUAGAAGUGAGCAAAGUCUCUGUUACUGACGUAGUAACUUGGAAAUCUGAGGAGCAUUGUUCUUUGAGUGAAAGUUCAAACUUACCAGCUUUAGAUGAUCUAACCUUCAACACAAGAACCCCACAGGUCUGCGAAGUUAGUUCAUUGAACAGUACAAUUUUUUCAGAUGAAGCUGAAACUAAUAAUAUCUUUGAGAAAUAUGAGUUUCCAAAUACAGACAUGCAGCACCAGUCAAGUGGCAAUAUUUAUUCUGCAGAAGACAGCAGCAAAAUAAUUUGUUUGGAGGAUUCUGCAACUAAAAGCAAGCAAGAAGUUCCUACUGUGAAGCCUCCACCAAAUGCUGCUCCGUUUUCAGAUGAAUGGUUAGCUGCAAUUGAAGCUGCUGGAGAGGAGAUUUUAACGAUGAAAAGCGGUGCUGUACAAAAUUCUCCCCCUGACAAGCCUCAGCAAGAACCAGGUCCUUGGUCCCCGGUGAGACGCAAGAAUCAAUCGAUUGGACCCUUUGAUUGUACCAAACACAAUAUCCAGCAUUCCAGUUCAGAAUGAUAUAAAACUGGGAUUUAAUCUUUAUUAAUCACUAACCAUUUUUUCAUUGCUUGAGCCAACCCUUCAACCGCUUCAAAAGUUAGAAGACGUUGUACGGAGCAAAGUGCUACGCAUGUAGAAUUAACAAUUAUGCCUUACUCUGAAGAUGCUUAAUAAAUAAUACACUUAUUGCUCUCAAAUUGUAAAUGAUAUUUGUGUACUUGUUUUUACUUUAUAGAAUUCUAGUUUUAAAAGUUUCCCACAAGGUAUAAGGUGAGACAUAUACUUUGGUGUCCUAUAAACUCUAGGUUUUUCAUCACAUUUUCAUGUUCCUGUGUUUGUUGUCCUUUUGUUAAUGAAAUUUGAAAGAAAAAAAAAUGUCCUAUCCA